GUAGUAACAAAUGGCGUGCAUAGUUUUUCCGGUAAAGAAUUUUUCCCUGUGAAAUUAGAGUUUUGUAACAUUCCACCAAGACUUGACUUUGCUUCAAACUAAAACCAUUGACUACCAUGUCUCGCCGUUCGAGCCGAGCCUCCGUGUCAGACGGGGAGUUUUUCACCGACUGUAAGGCAGCCUACGUGGAAGUAGUUAAGGAUGUCAGAAAAGACAUCACGAGCAAAUCUCUCCUCCUUCAAGCUUUACAAGAAAGUGGCAGAAAUCCAUCUGAACGUGUGUUAAAGAAAUACUGGAACUCUAGUACAGAUGGCAUAUCAUUUGAUGAUUUUGUUGACAUCUGUCGUAAGGAGCAUGUCACGUCUGACGAUGAAAUGAUGAAGGCCUUUCGUAAAAUUGACACAAAUGGAGAUGGUUAUCUGUCCUUGGAUGAACUCUUCAAGAUCAUGACUUCAAAAGGAGAAAAGAUGACAAGACAGGAGGUCCGUGAGAUAAUAGAUGAAGUCGAUGAGAACGGUGAUGGUAAACUCGAUUAUAAAGAGAGGAAAUUUUACUAUGAACAGUUCUGCAACAUGAAUCGGGCUACCGCAGAUCAACUCCGACAACGAAACCGAAAACGCUUAGAAAGAGUCGAAAAGGGAGAUAGAAGAAGCAAGAAAGUUGAGAGUUUCUCCGACUCCAAGCGAGGUGACGUUGCCUCUAUGGGCUCACAGAUUUCAGUGAAAUCGAAUUCAUCACAACGCACUGGUAUGUCAGGAUCAAGAAGAUCAUUGCUAAGUAUAGGUGAGCAGAAGAAUCCUUAUAGCACACCUGUCCCUGCACAGCGAAAAACUCUUUCUCGUUCUCUCUUAUCUGAAGAUGACAUGCCACGACCUUCACCAAGGUCAAACAAGAAAGGAGUCAAACAUGUCCCCGCUAGUAAACUAGGCCACCUUACUGAGGAGCCAAAAAAUAAACGGGACUGGACCAAAACUACCAGUAAGGGUUGUUUCUUUAUUGACGAAGAUGACGGUCUGAUGACACACACUUACAGACUGAAUCUGAAUGAGAGAAGUAAAGUUUGGAUCACGGUCCAGCCAUCCAUUCCACAAUCCAUGAUCAUAGGAGACACGACCCCCAUAGAUACCAUGUUACUUGUCACGAAAAAGAAGCCAGAUAGUGAAGGAAGAUCGGUGGUCGGGUUCACAGAAAAACGGGACGGCAAAGGGAAAUAUGGUGUUAUGUGUGAGUUGAAGGCUGGUUCCUACAACUUACUACCAUUUACGACAGGAUGUCACCUGAAAGCUCGUCGCUCCGACUCCUCAAAGGAAACACCAUUGGUACGAAAGGAUAGGGACGGGAAAACAUCCAUCACCAAAGCAUUCAGGAAAGCCCUGGAAGAGAUAUUCGAACUCAGUGAUCUUGACGGAAAUGGCACACUGAGUCGAGACGAGUUCACAUGGUUCACAUUGAGGACGAGCGGGGACAAGGUCACGGACGAUGAAUGGGCUGUUGUUGAAGACACAGUUGAGUUAGAAAACAAUGAAAUCACUAAGAAGGGAUUUGUAAAACUGAACGAGAUGGAGGCAGACGAUGUAGACGAUGACAUCAGCGACCUCUGGGUGACUUUAAAUUCUAUGGGCUACAAUAAGGAUCUGUUCAUUGAUGAGGCUUGCCCAUACAAACUGGAUGUGUAUACAGAAAGUUGUGACGAUGCCGAGGUGGCACUCACCUGUACCGGAAUAGAAACGAUCAACAACGACAUGAUAAUAGAAACCGUCAUGGAACAGGAUGAGGGAGUGAAGAUCAAGGGCAGUGUGUAUAUGUAUACGUACGCUAACGACACAAGAUCAACUGUGGUUUUGUCUAACAGGUCCAACAACUCAGUGAAUGUCACCAUGGACUGUACCUCUAGUAAGAACUGUCAAAUAAGCCAGGAUAACGAGGAGUACACCGUCACCCUGGACCCCCACGAAAAACAAAUCGCACAUCACCUGAUGCCUCUGGAUGAGACUUUAGACUGGACGCCACGUUGUGUAGAAGCCGUCACGAAAUAGUAGCAGUAUUUUCUAGGCCCAUAUGUUAUUGUUUCAGCAACCAUCCCGUCCAUUUCUUAGUUUACAUAGAAAACGUUAUAGAUCUGUUUACAUGAACAUUUACCCAAUGAUUAAACAUACACAG